AUGGUAGGAAAACAACGAGACAACCAGCAAAGCUUACUUGAUCUUAGUACCAUUGCACUUGGCAUAUGGUGUGAUAAAAUUGUUGGCUAUCGAUUUCCACAAGCUAUUGGACUUAUAUAUUUUGGUGCUGAUGCCAUUCCAAUUAAUCAGAAAUGUCCAAUCUCGAAAGAUCUGAGUCAGCUUGAGAAGGCAUCAAGCAAUCUACCAAAAUGUGGCGGUACGACUCCUAUGUACGAUGCCAUCGAAAUGGCUAUUCAAUCAAUUACUAGCUUUCGCAAGGAUAACGAAAAGCAAUUGUGUACUGAAUGUCGUUCUCUCAUUGUUUGUUUUUCAGAUGGUGAAGACAAUAGCAGCGUAAAAGCAUCAGUUGGAACAAUUAAAUCGAAAUUAAAAAAUGAAAAGAUUGUUUUCGAUACCAUUGCAUUUAUGAAACAUGAAUCGUCAAACCUAGUUCAACUCUGUGAGGCUAC